AUGGCAGGCUGGAUCUACCGCGAGAACCGUGUCCCCUCGUACCAGAGGGAGUUCCAGAAGCAUGACGGCCUACGACUGUGGAUGAAGGUGCGUGGCGCUCUAGGCAUGGGCUUGGUGGCAUGGGCGAACCGCAUGCUCCGGCUGCGAAAGGACUCAUGCCGUGCCAUUGGAAGCUCGUGGACGAUCACGAAAGACUAG